AUGUCCCAAUCAACUAUCCCCGUCAUUGAUAUCUCCUCCCCCUCCCCAGAAGUCGCCCAACAAGUCCUCUCCGCAGCCUCAACCCACGGCUUCCUCUUCAUCAAGAAUGAUGGUAGAACCAUCCCUCAAAAAGACAUUGACGAAAUGUUCUCUCUUUCAAAAUCCUUCUUCUCAACCCCCUUCUCCCAAAAGUCCGCCUACGCAAUCCACACCCCCUCCGCUGGCGGCCCCAACCGCGGCUGGGUGCGCAUGUCCGGCGAAGCCCUGGACGCGCAGACCUCCGACCCCAAGGAAGCAUUUAACAUCGGCCCUCCGCAUCCGUGUCUGCAACCCCUCCCAGCCCCAUUGUCCUCGCACACCGAAUUGAUAACGCGUUUCCAAAAGUCCUGCCACGCGCUAUGUGUAUCUAUCCUGUCGCUGCUCGGCACCGCGCUCGAGGUGUCUGAGGAAGAUUACUUUGCCUCUCGACAUGACGAGGAAAGCAAGAGCGGCACGAUUUUCCGCAUGUUGUACUAUCCCAAAACAUCCUCUGCAUCACCGACAUCGAUCCGUGCAGGCGCGCACUCGGAUUACGGCAGCUUGACCCUGCUCUUCCGUCUCCCGGGCCAAGCUGGCCUCGAACUGCUCACACCGUCUGGAUGGACUAGUGUGCCUGUCGAUCCAUCCCCCUCCCCCUCCCCUUCCUCUCCCCCAAUUCUAGUGAAUAUCGGGGAUCUGCUGUGUUACUGGACGAACGGGAUGCUCAAGUCGACGGUGCACCGAGUGACGUUUGGGGGCGGCGAGGAGAGGUAUAGCAUGGCGUAUUUCUGCCAUCCGGGGGAUGAAGUGCGCUUGGAAGGGGUGGAGAGUCGGGUAAUUAGGGCGUUUGGGGAUAAGGGGAGGGAGGAGUUGGAAGGGCAGAGGGAAAGGUUGGGGAUUGAGAGUGGGGAUGAGGGGGUUAUUACUGCAAAGGAGCAUUUGGAGAGGAGAUUGAAGGUUACUUAUGGACUGUGA